AUGCCACACAGUCUCGAAAUCUGCAGUGUCUUGCUCAUUAUGAGCAACAUCGAUGAAAAUAUGGAUGGUGCUGAUGAGAUAGAUGAGGGUGGUCAGGUUCUACAUUUCGAAGGUGACUUUUUUGGUCACUAUACCGAAGAAGACUUUGAAUGGCCAGACGACCAUGGAGUAGUAGAAGGAGACAAGGAUGCAGAUGAGUCAUCGGAUGAGGAGGUGGUAUUUGAUGGCGAAAUAGGGUGGGAGCCAGCAGUUCUUAAUGCACCUGAUGUUGGUGCUCCAGUCUCUGGACCAUCGGAAAUGCCACGUGAGCAUAUCUACGAGGGUUACAGUCAGAAAAUUGCAGGGUCAGAAAACAUUUACGCACCAUUUGAGAGUAAACUCGACUUCGACAUAGCCUUAUGGGCCAAAAUGCGUGGCACAGGCUCUACAGCAUUUACUGAUCUUCUUGCUAUCGACGAUGUACAUGACCGUCUCGGGCUCUCUUAUAAAAGUUCUCGUGAACUUAACAACAUCAUUGAUAAGAAGCUUCCCACUGGUCGCCCGCAAUUUCGCCGCCAGGAGGUUGUGGUUGCCGGAGAAGCUUUUGACGUGUACUUCCGAGAUGUUCUGGAAUGUGUCAAGGCUCUCUACGAAGAUCCAGAAUUUGCACCAUACCUUGUCUUCGUACCUGAAAGGCAUUAUGCAGACAAAGACAAGACAAUGCGGUUAUAUCAUGAUAUGCAUACAGGGAAAUGGUGGUGGCGCACACAGAAGGAAAUCGAGAAAGAAAAACCUGGAGCGACAAUUAUCCCGAUUAUUCUCUCUUCUGACAAGACUCAGCACAUCAAGAAUCGGGCCUCUCAGCGCCGCACUAUCACAAAUCUCUUCCACGCAUGUAUGGGGCACAUCCUCGAACCACUCAAAAGUGCCGGAGAAGAUGGGCUACAUAUGCGUAGUGGUGAUGGCAUCACCCGUCGUGGUCAUCCCCUUCUUGCUUGCUAUGUUGGCGAUUAUCCCGAGCAAAUUCUUGUUUCUGGCGCGAUGACAGGUGAAUGUCCGAAAUGCAAUGUCCCGAACGGUGAGCUUGGAAGUAAAGAUGCCCUAUUCAAGCCACGGGAUCUUGAGAGUAUUCUCGCUGCUCUCAAUAUUGCAGAUGAAGAUCCGAUUGGCUUUGCAGAACGUUGUGCUGAGCUUAGGAUCAAGCCUAUUCAACACCCUUUCUGGCAAGGACUUCCGAAGUCGAAUAUCUUCCAUGCGAUUACCCCCGACGUAUUGCACCAGCUAUAUCAAGGACUCGUGAAACACAUGAUUGCUUGGAUCAAAUCGGCUUUUGGAGAAGCAGAGAUUGAUGCCCGUUGCCGUCGACUCCCUCCAAACCAUAAUAUUCGCAUCUUCAACAAGGGCAUCUCUAGUCUCGCAAGAGUCAGUGGUGCUGAGCACAAUCAGAUUUGCCGCUUUCUUCUGGGUGUUAUUAUCGACAUUCCCCUUCCCAACAACAUUUCAAGCGCUAAGCUUGUUCGAACUCUUCGCGGACUCCUCGACUUCCUGUACUUAGCACAGUAUCCAUGUCACUCAGCGGAGACACUGCAACUCCUCGAUGAAGCUUUGACCCGUUUUCAUGACAACAAAGACAUAUUUGUCACACUUGGCAUCCGAACGCAGUUUAAUCUUCCAAAGCUUCACUCCUACCGGCACUACCUCCAUAUGAUUCAAGAGUAUGGCACGACUGACAACUAUAAUACAGAAUAUACCGAACGACUUCAUAUCGACCUCGCCAAGGAUGCAUAUCGUGCAACAAACCACAAGGACGAGUACAGUCAAAUGACUCUGUGGCUUGAACGGCAGGAGAAGAUUCUACGGCACGCCAGUUAUGUUCAUUGGCGCCUCGCUGGUGAUCCAUUGCCGCAAUCGCGUCUACCGCCAGAUAUGCAGUAUGCCAGGGAAUACAAGAUGACGAAACAUCCAUCUGUCAAGGCCGCUACCAUCGACUCCCUUAGAGACGACUAUGGUGCCUCUUUUUUUCGAGCUGCCCUUGCUCGUUAUAUUGUGCUUCACACUCGCCCAGACGCAACAACUCGAGCUCAGGUGGAACAUGCCGCUGGACAUGUAUAUAUCCCCUUCGCCUCGCUUCCUAUUUUCCAUAAGGUCAGGUACAAUGCGGUCGACUCCGCUGGCCAUAAAGAUGAAAGUGUUACCAUUGAUUCAGUUCACUGUCAGCCUGCACGAAGAGAUAAGCGAGGGAAUACCGUGCCAGGACGUUUCGAUACAGUUCUUGUCAACUGUGGCAAUGGGGGAGAGAAGAGUGUGGAAGGUUACCGUGUAGCCCAAGUGCGGGUUAUAUUUUCGAUACCCGAGAAACAUCACGCUAGCCUUUUUCCCUCCCAUAUCUUGAUCCCUAAACAUUUGGCCUACGUCGAGUGGUUUUCGCCAUUCACCGGGACAAGCGAGAGAAAUCAUGGUAUGCACAAGGUCUCGCGAUCAUACGAAAAUGGGGAACAGCUAGUUAGUAUAAUAUCUGUGAAAGAUAUUCGACGCAGUGUACAUCUUAUACCGAAAUUUGGCCGCUCUGCGCCUCGGGAUUGGACUAGCAGCAACGUUUUGGAAUUUGUUGACAACUUUUGAAAAUAUUAUGCGAAUUUCGAGAAAUUUUUGUCGCAUUUGCAAAAUUCCCGCGGGAGGUUUUCCCUGAUGU